AUGGGUCCUCUGAGAUCUGUGCAGGGAAGAACACGCCCGCGCAGGGAAUUCAAAAAGAUAUCAAAAGACUUCAACAAUUCAGACGAGGAAGAUCUCGCAGAUUUCCAAGACGCAGAGCCUCCCUCGAAACGCAUCCGCACGUCGCGCAGGGCUCAAUCCUCACUGAAGUGGACACCCGGGGGCAGAGGAGGUGGUGGCAGACAUGUUGAUCCUGAGAGCACUCCUUCGACCAUGAGGACACCUAAUGCAGACGAAGAGGAUGCGCUUCCCCGCACACGCACCAGACAAAGCCGCAACCCCAAGAGGACAAUGAUAUCCACUCCACGAUACUCGGCCAGAAGCAGAAAUAGAGGGAGCGCACGGCCUAGAUACAGUACAGCAGCUGCGGCCUCUGCCGCAGUGACACAUGGAGACGGGUACAAGCCUCGAGAGGAACGCGGUUGGGAAGAGUUCCAUCCUGAUCUCGACCUUGAUGCGGACUUUGCAGUACUGCCUUCCGAAGAGGUAGACGGACUGGUCAAAAAGCCUACAACAGAUGCGUCCAGCAACGGCGCUUUGACGCCGACGGAGGGCGAAAUUCCGGUUCUUGGGGUUGCGACGCUUUUGAAGAGGCGACCUGGAAGGCCACAUCGAACCCAGAAUUCGAUGGUCAACGCUCUUCUGACACCUGAAGUUCCCAAAUUCGUGCCCAUGCCAGGCCCGAAUCCACGAGAACGUCUCACGUUGCCCAAACCCUCGUACCGAGAACUCGAUCCUUUUCUAUCGUAUGAACUCAACAAGGACAUUGCCCAAGUUGACUUCGUGGACAAGUCUAUGGCAAAUGUUGGGUAUCAAGAGAGUGAAAUAUUCAUCCGGCCGGCGCGGACAUUGAUCAGACAGAUGGAAGGCUCUGCAGAGGAAGACCUUGAUCUCAGCCCUGACCUCAUGACACACGGAGAGAACUCUGCCAUAGGUAGUACGGGUGUCGGACGAGUCGAAUAUGACAUGGACGAGCAGGAUGUUAAGUGGCUCGAGGCCUUCAAUAAAGGGAGGGUCAAAGACGGCAUCCAGUCCAUCAAGCCGGCAAUAUUCGAGAUCACAAUGACCAAAAUCGAAAAGGAAUGGCAUGCCUUAGAAAAGAGAAUACCGAAACCCAAUCCCAAGGCGCCUCAGACGCAGCGGCUACGAUCGAGUUCGGCCGCUGCGGUUAACGGUGAGCCUGCGGGAGAAGAGCCUGACAGCAAAUGCGCCAUUUGCGACGACGGUGACUGCGAGAAUGCCAACGCGAUAGUGUUCUGCGAUGGUUGUGAUCUCGCAGUGCAUCAAGAGUGUUAUGGUGUGCCUUACAUCCCCGAAGGACAGUGGUUAUGCAGGAAAUGCCAACUUGUGGGAAAUUCUCGACCGAGCUGCAUCUUCUGCCCGAACGAGGGCGGGGCGUUUAAGCAAACCAACAAUUCGAAAUGGGCGCAUCUCUUCUGCGCCAUCUGGAUUCCGGAAGUCACAAUCGGCAACUUGUCCUUGAUGGAACCUAUCACCGACGUUGAAAAAGUGCCCGCAAGUCGUUGGAGACUUGUUUGUUACAUUUGUAAACAGGAGAUGGGGGCGAGCAUUCAAUGCAGCGACGGCCGCUGCUACGAACCCUUCCAUCUAACUUGUGCACGCCAAGCUGGCCUGUUUUUGCAAAUGAAAACCGGCGGCGGCCAGAACGCCCUGAUGGAACCGUCGCAGCUCAAAGCGUAUUGUCACAAACACACUCCUAGCGACUGGAAACGUCAGCAUCACACGGAUAGAGCCUAUGAGGAGGCAGUCAAGUACUUCAAAGAACACUUCCGUGGGCAAAUCUGGGCAGACAGUCGUGCAUCUGCAUUGGCGAUUCAUGACGUCCAAGAUACGCCUUCCACGGACAAGGCCCAUCUGAAGGUGACGCUAACUAAUAAAAAGGGGCAAAAACAGAAAACUGUAUGGCGUCUCCCUUCAGGUGCUCCUGUCAUCCCCGAGGUCAUCCUCAAAUCUAUCGAGGAGUCCCUGAUGAGAUUCUCUGUACCGAAAAAAAAGGAAUAUGUUUCUGAAAUCUGCAAAUACUGGACUCUGAAACGCGAAGCUCGCCGUGGUGCCGCCCUUCUGAAGCGGCUGCAAUUACAAAUGGAUACCUUCAGCUCCUUCGAGGUGACGCGUCGCGAUUACAAGGCUCAAGGUGCAGCUGGACGUGCCAGGCUCCAGCGUCGCAUUGAAUUCGCCGAGAGGUUAGCUGAGGACAUGGACAAGCUCGUGCAGCUGUGCAACUUGGUCAGAGAACGCGAAGCGGCGAAACUACAGGAGGCUCGCCUAAUGAAGGAGGUCGUCGACAUCGUCUACUUCCCUGUGCCACAUCUUCUAGAGCCGAUCAUCGAGAAGGCGCUCAAACUUGACAGAGGUCUAUUCCGUGCAGGUCUGCUUGAACUGCAAGCCAAAGUCCUCAGGAAAGAGCAUACUUCAAUCGCGAGCUUUUCCAAUGAUGUGGUGCAAGUGAUUAACACGGAAUUCGGCAACAGCGCGGGAAGCAUCUCAGAAUUGAUAUCCUUGGUCAGCGGCCGAGCCGAAGACAUGACAUCCGAAGAUCGGGAUCGACGCACACUUGCUCGACGAAUCGUCAAGGGCCUUGAACCCCUUCUCGAAGAUGCUAGUCGAAAAGAAGCUGAAUUGCACGGUCGACCAUACGCUGAGCAGAUCAGAGAGAUGGACGAAGCCCUCCUUUCUCGACGUGGCUCGUUGGCACAGUUCCUGGGAAGUCCGGUUAUUGAUUCUGUCGAAUCAAAAGACGAGGUUGGGAUCGCCAGUCCAGCCGAGGCCGAUGUUGAUAUGGUUGAAGCUACAACAUCUGCGCAAGAACCAGCUCGUAUCGACGAAACCGUCAAGAAGUCGGAAAUGCCUGCUGCGCAAGAUGAUGUGCUUAAGCACAACGGCCUGGAGAUGCCGUCUCAUCCGGUCUCCGCCAGUACACCGCCUGCUUCCACGAAUGGCUUCAGGAACGAAUCACAUGCGAAUGGACUUGGAACGAGGCAACAAGACCAACAAGUGGAACCGCCUACGCCUCCGAUGAGUUUGGAAGGUCAUUCUCAACAUUUCCAGUCCGAAGGUGGCAUCCCUUGGUACGUUACUCAAUUUGAUCCAGAAGGCACGACCAUCUUUGAGGAACGUUGGACGGGACCAGAAGUGCUACGCGAACUCAGUGAGGAGUUAAGUGAGAUGGAUGAAGACGAGCUCCAAGGACUAGGUGCCGGCGAUGACAUCUUCGGACACACUAAUGGUGCUGCCAUCGGUGACAAGGCUGCAGACUCAAAAGCCGAGGAAGCUACGGCCCAGAAAAGGAUUUUGAGGGGCAAAGAAAACAAGACUCCCAAUUGGAGUACCAGGACUCUUCGGACUAGACGAUGA